GUGGCGGUGGCGCGAGUUUUAUAUUUAUUGUGCUUUAGGUCGGCGGGAGAUAGAGCUCUAUCUGUCGGAGUUUAAUUAAAUUACUUUGUUCUUUUGGAGAGUGUCAGUUUAAAAGCGUUACAAUGGAUGACUUCGGUGUUUAUGCCAUAUUUGGAGUAGAUGAACCACCACAGCAGAUAUUAAGACGUGAAGGAUGGCAGAGCUCAAUUGAGAUCCAACCUAGUGUCCAGCUGGUGGUUCUCUUCACCAGAGGAGACUGGGGAAAGCGAGAUUCAGUCUCUGUGGAACUGGCUGAUGAGAGGAACAUACCCAUUAAUAUGGGAAAACUAACACCAUUCAAUAAAUGUCUGUCAUGGGAAUCUGGUGAGGAUGGUGUCUGGUCCAGUGGAGCAACCUUAACUGUAAAUCUCAUUGGGGGUGCUACAGAGUUUUUGGAUCCGGGGCUGACUCUCUCAUGGAUGGAAUGCACUCCAGAGUGCAUUCCCGCAGUACCUGCAUUACGAGAGUGUCCAGGCAAGAGGAAGCGAUCUCAGGGAGAGGAGGAGGAGGAGGAGGAGGAAGAAGUUAAUGAAGGUAGAGGCAAAGAGAACAUCUGCCCUAAUGCCUCUGAAAAGGUGACACCUCAAAGACGGAGCAAGAACAAUCAUCGUGGAGGUCAGACACGUCUCUUCUCACAAAAGGAGGAACAGACUGCAACUUCCAGUUCUCAGAGCCACAAAGCUAAAGGCAAGCUGGCCAAAACCCCCUCACAGACUGCUCCAUUGGACAAGCCAUCAGGUCGUUGGGGUCAAACUGUCUGUCCCAUUGAUCCUCAGACAGCCAUUUUGAUUGGUGGACAAGGUGCCAGAAUGCAGUUCUGCAAAGACCCCAUUUGGAAACUGUGCACAGAGGAUCUUUCUUGGGUACCUGCUGAAACCCUUGCAGAAGGACCCACCCCUGAGGCCCGCAUUGGUCACACAGCGACCUAUGACCCGGAAUCUAAACGUAUCUUUGUGUUUGGUGGCUCAAAGCAUAAGAAAUGGUUUAAUGAUGUUCACAUCCUAGACACACAAACCUGGCGUUGGACUUUGGUUGAGGCACAGGGAAAAGUGCCUCCUCUGGCCUACCACAGCUGCAGUAUGUUCCGAGGAGAGCUCUUUGUAUUUGGAGGAGUGUUUCCUCGCCCACACCCAGAACCAGACGGCUGCAGUGACUCCAUCUACAUCUUUAACCCUGAAAUGGCCAUCUGGUAUCAACCUAUUGUCAAUGGAGAGAAGCCUGCGCCACGCUCUGGGCACUCAGCAUGUGUGAUGCAGGGGAGGAUCUUUGUGUUUGGUGGAUGGGACACCCCUGUGUGCUUCAAUGACAUGUUUAUGCUAGACCUUGGCUUAAUGGAGUUUUCUGCUGUGAAGACAAGUGGAACAGCCCCGUCUCCCAGAAGCUGGCAUGGCUGUGCGGUUCUUUCAGACUGCAGCUUCCUGAUCCAUGGGGGCUACAAUGGCAACAAUGCACUCAGUGAUGCAUUCGUCUUCAACACAGACACUAGUUGCUGGUCAUCUCUGGCUUUUCCCCAGCUCAAUUCUGUACCCCGAGCUGGACAUUCCAUCAUUACCAUGCCCACAACAUGCAAACAGGGAUGUACAGAUGAACAAGAGGAACUUCCAGAGUCAGUCCCACAAACACUUCUGGUUUUUGGUGGUGGUGACAACGAAGGGAGCUUCUUCUCUGAUCUUUUCACUAUGCCAGUAGAGGAGCUAAGAGACUAAACAUUUGAUCAGGAUUUGGUUUUACAUGCAUUUUUUAAAAUUGUUUUAUGUCGUGGUGUUUCAGAUAAUUUUUUUUGUGUGUGGAUUGAUGUUUGUUUAUUUAAAGAUGUAUAUUACUUUCACUCAGGUAUUUGCAUUAUGUCCUCAUUUAUUAGCAUUCAUUUAUGCAUAGAUCUUAUGAAGUCACUCUUCAUGAUGCUGUGGAGGAUGUGCUAAGCAUUUGUGAUAAAAGCGCAAUAUUAUAAAUCAUUGAGAGUGGACUGUUUCCUAAAGAAGAGAACUAGUUCAUCGAACUAUUUACUCACCCUUGAGUGGUGUCGAAUUUGUAUCCAAAAAAAUCUAAUAUGCCAGUGUGUGUUAUGUUGUUAUAUUGCAUAUCUUCUAAAGUCAUAAAAUAGCUGUUGACAAACAGACCUAAAAAAUCUCCAUGAUAGCUGUUAGUUCAUCAGGUUUUUUUAACACCAUGAUAUCAAUUCUGAUUUAAGAACUUAUGUUUUUUUUUUUUUUGAUUAUUUUGUGAAAACCUAAAAUCUAAUUUUGUUUCUCACAGAAAGUGUUCUUGUGUAGUGUAAAGAUUCUUCAGAAAUUCUCCUUUUGUGCUCCACAAAAAUUAACAGCAUUUGUUUAUAGAUUUACAUGAGGGUGAGUAAACAAUGACAGGUUUUUAACUUUGGGUUGAACGAUUCCUUUAUCUGUCCAAGAGGGAGAGUCAUUUUGUGAUUCACACCCUCAGAUUUGAUCUGUGAAAGCUUCCUGAUGUCUGUUUUGUGUAUAUAUAUAUAUGCCUAGUUUUAGACUAAGAUUUUUUGCUUGUUCUUUUUAAAUGGCUGUAAAUGUAUAAUUCUUGCUGUAAAUACUGUUGCAGCAGGCCUGUUCAAAAUUAAACGUUAU